GGCCGAGAGCAGAGCACUGCUUUAUUCCCCUGCAGAACACAGGCGGAAAGCGGUUCACCGCACAGCGCACCAGGCUAGUUUCCAUCCUCCAUCCAUCACUGCAGGUGAAUGAUUGGACUCGUUACUGCGGCAAUGUGGACCUUCCGAUCAUCUUUCCCAGUUUAAUGAGUGGAUCCCUUCUGAAGGUGAUAGUCUGAGGCAGCCUGCAAGAUGCCAGAACAGAGCAACGAUUACAGGGUUGUAGUAUUCGGAGCGGGGGGCGUGGGGAAGAGCUCGCUGGUGCUGAGGUUUGUCAAAGGGACCUUCCGGGAGAGCUACAUCCCCACCAUCGAAGACACUUACCGCCAGGUCAUCAGCUGCGACAAAAGCAUCUGCACUUUACAGAUCACAGACACCACGGGAAGUCACCAAUUCCCGGCCAUGCAGCGCCUUUCCAUCUCCAAAGGGCAUGCCUUUAUCCUCGUGUACUCCAUCACUAGCAAACAGUCUCUGGAAGAGCUGAAGCCCAUCUACGAGCAAGUGUGCCAGAUCAAGGGGGACGUGGAGAGCAUUCCCAUCAUGCUGGUGGGCAACAAGUGCGAUGACACCCUGAGGGAGGUGCAGGCCAGCGAUGGCGAAUCCCAGGCCAAGCGCUGGAAGUGCGGCUUCAUGGAAACCUCUGCCAAGACCAACCAUAAUGUCAAGGAACUCUUUCAGGAACUGCUGAAUCUGGAGAAGCGCAGGGCCGUGAGCCUACAGAUCGACGGCAAGAAAUCCAAGCAGCAAAAGAGGACAGAGAAACUCAAGGGGAAGUGUGUCGUUAUGUGAACUGUCUCCAACCGAAUAGCAACAAAAUGCAUACCUUCUGGACAACGGACUGAGCAGAUUCACAAAAAAAAGGUCGGCUCGGGGGCAAGUGACCCUGUUGCCAACCGUUGGGGUUAUCUCCCAGAUGAAACGUGCAUUUUAAAAAAAAUCCUUUUAAGCCAAAAUUACGUUUCAAAAUAAAGUCCAAUUUCAAAACUGUCAAUUUGCUCUGAUGGACUCGGUGUGCAUUCGUAAUGAGUAGCUAAGCUGCUUGUUUAAAUGAUCCGAAUGCACCGUGGAUAUUUAUAUUCCAAAAAAAGCAGCUAGUAAAAGCACACUCAUUUUUCCGUGUUCAAUCACGGAUUUUUUUUAAUUUAUUAAAGCAUAGGGACAUAUUCACAAUAAGUAGCACCUUAAUCACCGCAAGCGGAUGAAUAUUAGGUCCUUUUUUCAAAGAAAACGAAAUAAAUGGUUUCAAUCAAUAUGGUUAAGCGUCAGAACAAUGGACUGUUGCUUUAAGUUAUUUAUGUAAUAAAUACAUUUAAACUUGCAUGAUGCUUUACAUUUAAAAACAUUCUGAAAUCAAUGCAGAAAGAUCAACCCUAGUGAGUUUUUCACUACAGCAACUUCUUUUUGUUUCUCCCUCCUUAACGGUAAGAGAGGAGAUUGUGGGGAAACUAAACUAAUGAAAUAGCACAUGAUCUUGCACAUCUUCAUUCAUUUAGCAUAGCAUCAAUUAAUCAAGUAAAAUUACACUGUAUUAUCUUAUUUAUUUAAUAUAUAUAAAGCAAAAGUUUGUAUAUCUAUAGAUCACUUUUCUCACUCAAUACAACGAGAAAGGAACGAUUGGAAGAAACUUUGACUAAAAAGCAAAAACAACAAAGAAUUCGGUCUAAUGUUAUUGGACAUUUGAAGAAAGUCCACAGAAGCUGAAAUAUAUAACUAAAGCAGUGAUCCCAAGCAGGUGAAGGAUAGUUAAUUUGGACAGAUUAAUUCUUCCAAACGCUCCAUAUGGAAAUGUACUUUUUGUUUUGUGGAGCAACUUGCUAUGAUAUGAACAUAAAGCAAUUGUAUUUAUUCUAUUUUGGAGCAUUGAAGUAUAUUUCAUUAUUGUUAUUUAAAUGCCUGUACAGUCAUCUGUGCCUACACUUUCUAUAUUUUACAGUCCUACGCUGUAUAUUUCAA